AAAAAUAUGGGUCCAUUGGUUCUAUUGGUUUGUCAGAUAAUAUGACACAUACCCCCUAAUGCAUUAUAACUUUUAACUCAACUACUGCACUGUAAUUCCAAUAACUGCACUAAUUUAGCUACUGCACUGUAACUUUAAUAACCGCAUUAACUCAUGUACUGCACCGUACCUUUAAUAACCGCAUUAACUCAUCUAUUGCACUGUAACUUUAAUAACCGCAUUAACUCAUCUAUUGCACUGCAACUUUAAUAGCUAUGACUAUAAUUAAUGCACACUUAAGUCACUUGCACUAUUGUAUAUUCUAAUUGUUAUCUGUUUCUAACCACCUGUACAUUAAUGUUCACAGUAUAUAGCCUUCUGUAUAUAUUGUUCAUAGUACAUACCGACUGUCAUAUUUCCAUAGAACAUUCCUUCUGUAAAGUUUUUUUUAUUUCAUAGUACAUGCCCACUGUAUAGUAUUUUCUUAAAUUGUAUUCUGUAUUUAUUAACACUGUAUAUCCUACACUUGCUAAUUGCACUUCUGGUUAGACCUAAACUACAUUUCGUUACACUGUACUUGUAUAUGUGUAAUGACAAUAAAAUUGAAUAUAAUCUAUCCCCUAAUGCAUUAUAACUUUUAAGCUCCAGGAAAUAGAAACAUAAUAUAAGACACAAAGAAUCCCGGUGUUGUUCCACCUUAAGCAUUUCCUUGACGGUUUGUCUUUUUUUUCCACCAUAGAUACCUGACCUGACCAGAGGCAGUCUCUCAAGAAUCGAAACCCAAACUCCUCUCCGUCUUUCGUCCUGAAUCGGCUGGUGUCAUCACGAAAGGAUUCCAAACUCCUUUACCCAUCCAACCUUGUUUCACACGGCGUUCGGUCUUGUACCUCACUAGAUUGUUCCACACUAACAGACUCGCAGCUUUCUGCAUUGUGAUUGGCUCAACGAAGCACAACAUUGAAUCAUGGGGAAUAUUUUUGGCAAUCUGCUGAAGAGUCUGAUAGGGAAGAAGGAAAUGAGGAUUCUGAUGGUUGGAUUAGAUGCUGCUGGUAAAACCACAAUCCUGUACAAACUGAAACUAGGAGAGAUCGUAACCACCAUCCCAACCAUUGGGUUUAAUGUGGAGACAGUAGAGUAUAAGAACAUCAGCUUCACUGUGUGGGAUGUGGGUGGUCAAGAUAAGAUCAGACCGCUUUGGAGACACUACUUUCAAAAUACACAGGGACUCAUUUUCGUGGUGGACAGUAAUGAUCGUGAGAGGGUUAAUGAAGCUCGGGAGGAGUUAAUGAGGAUGCUCGCUGAGGACGAACUGCGUGAUGCCGUUCUUCUUGUUUUUGCUAACAAACAGGAUCUGCCAAACGCUAUGAACGCUGCUGAGAUAACAGAUAAACUCGGUCUUCACUCGCUCCGUCACCGCAACUGGUAUAUACAAGCGACCUGUGCGACCAGCGGGGAUGGGCUCUACGAAGGCCUCGACUGGCUCGCCAAUCAGCUGAAGAAUAAGAAGUGAGAGGGCGGGAUUUUCCUCAUGCGGCCGACUCUUACUCUUUUGGGAAAGGGGUGGGACUAAUUUGGCCUUUGGAUUGGUUAUGUUUGUUUUUAUUUAUUUAUUUAGGUUGUUUUGUAUUGCAAACAUGUGGUUUAUGAAGCCUUCUUCAGGCUCUGUAAAUGCACACAUCAAACACAAACACAAGCAGGUCGACAUGUGUUUCAACUCCUUUGUUCCAUCCUCACUGCACUGGUAGGCCUGUCAAUACAUUGUCAGUAUAUGGCAUCAACGUUUGCUCAACGUUAACUCAAUAUUCCCUCACUCACUCACUCACCCGAUCAGCGAACAGUGUUGUUUUUCGACUGCCGUGAAAAGAAUUAGUUGGUUUAGAGUGAGCGUGCUCAUGUAUUAUGCUCAAAUACUUCCUCGUACACAUUGUUUCGUGUAGAUGGCGUUAUAAUGCGGUUUGCCUCCUCAUGCACACAGUAUUUAACAAUCUUUGGAUGCGGCCUGUGAUAGCGUUGUGUAGUGCAUGGCUCCUCUCGCUCAGUGUUGUGAUGUUUGGCGUUGUGGUGCAGUAGAAAGUAGAAAUGCAUGUGUGUGUUGUGUCACACAGAGACGGUCGGUGUUGCAUGCUGCUUUGUGGCUGUGCUGUGGUAGAACGGAAGCUGUGAUCGGACACCGUAGAACAAACGUAGAGUCUUGAGCAUGUCGUGCAUCUGUGUUUCUAUUCAUUUCCAAAAGUCAGAGUCAGACAUUGUGUUGUUGGCUAGUUCGUCGUUAGUACACCUUAUCGUGGCAUUUCAGGGAAUCUGUAAAUGAUGCAUGUCUCCAAUCUUUGUUUGAUAAUUGGCUAGAUGUUGCACGAGUAAAACAGUUCUGUUUGUAAAAAUCGCAUUAACAUUGUCUGCAUGGCGUGCAUGCUGUGCUAUAGAUAGAUACAUAGAUAGGUAGGUAGGUAGGUAGGUAGGUAGGUAGGUAGGUAGGUAGGUAUGUAGGUAGGUAGGUAGUUAGGUAGUUAGGUAGGUAGGUAUUUAGGUAGAUAGGUAGAUAGGUAGUUAGGUAGGUAGGUAGGUAGGUAGGUAGGUAGAUAGGUAGGUAGAUGAUAGAUAGAUAGAUAGAUAGAUAGAUAGAUAGAUAGAUAGAUAGAUAGAUAGAUAGAUAGAUAGAUAGAUAGAUAGAUAGAUAGAUAGAUAGAUAGAUAGAUAGACAGAUAGAUAGAUCUUGCCACUGAUAUGAUUAUUGUACUAAAAUGUUUGUUGUUUUGUUGCUUUUGUGCUUUGCAUAAACAAACAAACAGCACAAACAAAUAAAUCUAAACCCCAGGUAUGUCAGUGGACUGUGGCAAACUGCAUCAAAACGCAUCUGUCUCUGCGUGAUCUUGUUUUAUAUUCAUAUCGUGAAGUCUAGUGGGUUUGUCACCCGUAUGAAUGUAAAUUCUGUCAAAUCUGUUCUGAUGUCCUCACAUUUUCUUUAUUUUUUGUGGUUUUCGGAAGUAAGAAUCUAAAUUGUAUAUAUAGUCUGUACGCUGUUAUAUACGUAUUAUUCAAAUUAUCAAUUCAAACAAUAUUUUAUGUUACAGACUUAACAAGCAAAUGCUGGCAUAUUUUAGCAUACUUCACGCUUUGCUUGUUGCUUAUUUAUCCUUCUCACCAUUAAUUACUAACAGCGUGUUUCUUAUUGUAUUUGUCGUGUGGGAGUAGCAUAGUUCUUGCAUUGCUUUGUAUCGUUUUCAAGCUAAAAGUGUGCAUGAUGUGUACCUGACAUUGCAGACCAGUUUAAUGGUUCGGUUCUUUUUCAAGGCACUUAUAAUAUUGAGCAAGACACUUCAUCUUUUAUUAUUCAGUUUUUCAGUGGAAUAACAUUAACUUAACACGCAGUUCAUCCACCAAUAACAGUGACGCAUUGCAGUUCAGCAUCUAAUGCAAAUACAGUCAAUGACACACAAACCUCCACAGUGUGAAUUGUUCAGGCUGUUAAGUUUUGUGGCCUUAUCUUCUUACAAAUGCGUUUCUCACAAGGUUAAUGAUUAACUUAAGUUAUUGGGUAAAUAAGUUACCUUUUAUGUUUUUAAUAGAUCUGGGAACAAAAAUCCAUAAUAUUGCUUGAUUUCGAAAGUGGAAUUUUCUUUUGCAUUGAAUCGUUUGUGUGCUUUUUGGGUAGCUAAGGUUGUUCUUUACAAAGGUUUGAAAUCUUAUUUUCUCUUUAAUAUAAUUUUUUUAUUUAUAUAUUUAUUUUGAUGACAGUUUUGGGGAAUGUUUUACCUUUGUGUGUAUAUGUUUUUAUUUGUUUUUGGGUAAAUCAUUAUGAUGGCUUAUACCGUGUCUGUGAAGGGAAAAUAAUGAUCAAUUUCUUGUUGAAUUAAUGAUUAUUGGAACAAAUAAAAAAUCAUGGAAGAAAUGUGUAUUUAUCUGUUACAGUAGAUCAAGAGAGAUUAUGGUUGAUUAUUAUGAUGUAGACACCAAAAUCUUUCUCUCCAUACAAUCCUUUGACUGUAACACUGCACUCUAAUAAAAGUAUGAAACUGAUCAUA